UAACAACAACAAAAAAAAACAGAGAGUGAGACAAUGACAAUCAUCGAAUAGUUUUAAUUGUUGAUGUUUGAUAAUUUUUAAUUCAUUUUAAAUUGAAUCAACUCUGUCUAACAUCAAGUCACUACCAUUAGUAGUGGCUAAAAAAACAGAGACUUACACGUUUCCAGAUUAAUUUGUGAAUGUGAUUGUAUCCAUUGAAAAACACCGGCAACACACAUUAAAGACAUAUAAUGGCCCCACGACAGUUUUCCGCUCCAAAAGCCUGGAAACGACCUUAUACCUCAAUUUAUAAUGACAAUUAUCGUUAUGGUAAUUCCCUUUAUUCAUCAGCAUUGGAUGAUAUCGAACGAAAAUAUAACGAAUCAAUGGCCAAGACAAGUUAUCGAUCCGAUAGACCAGAUUUAGGUUUAUCAUCAAUGUCUGGUCAAGGGGGCCACUCUGCACCUCCUCCAUCAUCAUCGCCUUUACCUGGUGAUUCAAGUCGUUUCAAUAGACGAGCUGGUGCCUUUGACUCUUUGGAUGCUGAAUUUGGGGCUAAUCGAGUAUCACCAACUCCUCAUGUUGGUUUGACUUCAUUCGGUUCUUCUGAAUUAAGGAAAUCAUCUUCCUUCCAUGCUUACCAAUCAAUUAAACACCUUAAUGCCAUGGAGAGUAGUCUUGAAGAGUCACGAUCACGACGGGCUCGAUCUCGACGUCGACCUGAAAGUGCUUACUACUCAACUGAUGAUUACACUUUACCACCUUUUUCCCCAAUGACACCACCACCUCACACCUCUCAUCAUAAUAUCACUUCACCUAAACCCAACUUUGAUUCAGUUGAUGCCGCAAAUCAAGCUUUAUGGAUGGACCGAUGCCGUGAACUCCAGAGUGAAGUGGAUCGAUUGAAUACGGUGUUAAUUGAAACGGAAAGUCGAAUCAAAUCGGAAGCAGUUACUGUGAAAAACAAGUUAAACAUGGAAGUUACUGAUCUAUUGAUGACAAUUGACGAACAAGAACGAUAUACAAAAGAGCUUCAAACAGCUUUGAAAAAACAACAAAGGCAAAUUCAAGACUUACAAACAGGAUACGAUUCAGUUCAUCGGUGUUAUGCCGAUUCCAUGGAAGAAUUAUCAGCAAUCCAGAGAAAGGCUUCACAACUUUGCCAUGAAGUGGAUAAUCUGAGAAGCAGUAUCGAUAAGGCAAUCUUCAAAUCAUCCGCUCCUACAAGGCAAGGCUACCAUUACAGUCACUACUACCAUUGAACCCUGUGUGAAGUUGAACCUUUACAAUUUAUUCUUCCAUAAUUGUUAACCUUCUCUCUCGAACCACCAAUUGAUUAAAUAUUAAUGGGGACAAUAAAGCUCAACCUAUUACAUAGAUAUAA